CUAACGGUGGUGAUGCUCUUAAGUUGAACAAUAGUAAAUUUUGUGGUGCUUUAAACAACUCAAUGAGAGAGAGAGAAAGGGGUCACAAGUUAAGUUGUUGAUUAAGGUACAUUCUACUAGUAUUAUUGCUUCUGAUCUGCACUGUGAGUGUGUAAGGGAACUAGGUACAAUGUCGAGGACUUGCCGGCUCAUUCUCUACAUUUCCGUGGACAGUCUUGAUGGAGUGACUCAAGUUGAGCCAGAAGGUGGAUGGGAGUACCCUUUCCUCUGUUACCACAUCCAAGUUGAUUGCAAAAAUUGUAACAGAGAGCUGUUGGAAAUUGGUUGUCUUCCAUUAUACUUAUGUGCAGGUAGGAUGGAAGAUGCCCAAUAUCAUAAAGCCUUAGCUUGCCCAAAGUGCAUGGGGUUUGGUGGUUUGAGGAUUCUGAAUAGGGGAGGCAAACCAAUCACGGAUGAAGGACAAGACAUGCCUGUGAUGGAGAUAGAGGUUAUUGGCUCUUUUCAUGUGCACGAGAAACUCAAACUGUUCUAUUUUAAGUGGAUUUGCAGAAAGGAUGAUGGCAGUGGGGAAUUUUUGGAGCCUUUUUCUGUGGACAAAGAUGGGAGCUACGCGUUUAGUGAUUCAGGUGAUGAUGAUGAUGAUGAUGAUGAUGAUGAUGAACUUUUUCAAAUCAAAGGGAUCAAAGGAUGUUUCCAAGUCACACCACGGGAAGAAGAGGUGGAGGGACUCUGGAUUAAGGUGGCUUCCAAGUCAUACCAGGCCUGCGAUUCAGAUUCGAAUUCGGAGGAUUCGGAUGCUGAUUCUGAUGAUUAGUUCAGGUGCAAGUGCAUGCUUUAGGGAGUCUAACAUCAGUCCAUGACUGAUUUACUGAUUGCUAUCUAUAUGGUUUUCCAACUAUAUAUUCUAUGUAAGACUGAUCUUAGUUUAGUUUUAUUGGAUGGAAGAUGGGAACAAGUUUGCUUAAAUUUCCUAUUAUUUUUUAAUUAGCUUUCAUUUACUGAGG